CAUCGGUGUCAUACUAUUAAAAAUUUAAUUGUCUUGUUGAACCCUGAUGCAAAACAAUCUCCCCGACACUAAGGAAACAUCUAAUAAACUAAAACGAAAGAAAAAGAAACUAAAAUCUAUAUAUAAAAAGAAGCUAAAAUAGUCAAAACCCAAAACCUAAAGUUGUCGCAGGAACAACACCUAGCUUCAUCCCAUCUCAUCUCUCUUUGCUUUCGUGAAAUUCCUCGCAAACAAACAAUGUGGGCUGUCAAAGUUCCAGUGAACAUCCAUGGAGGAGGAAUACCUCACAGUUCAACCACCAAAAAUGGUUGUAAUAAUUUUUUCAUAGUUCGAAAAUCUUUAGUGAAGAUGUGUUCUACCAAGAGACAAAGUUUUCAGCUCACUCCAAUUAAAUCACAAAUCGAGCCACUUCCUAUAAUGGUGAAUGGUUGUACUGGAAAAAUGGGGAGGGCUGUUCUUGAAGCAUCGAUUUCUGCGGGACUGCAACCUGUUUCUCUAUGUUUUAGUGGACCUGAAGAUGCAGGGAAGACUGUGGAGGCGGGUGGAAAAGAGAUAACUGUUCAUGGUCCUUCAGAUAGAGAAAACAUUCUGUCAUCUGUCUUUGAGGAACACCCGAAUCUAAUCGUAGUGGACUACACAGUGCCUGCUGCAGUGAAUGAUAAUGCUGAAUUAUACAGCAAAGUGGGAGUGCCUUUUGUAAUGGGAACGACUGGGGGAGAUAGGGAGAAGCUGUAUAAAACAGUGGCAGACUCAAAAGUUUAUGCUGUGAUCUCCCCACAAAUGGGAAAGCAGGUGGUGGCUUUUCUCGCAGCCAUGGAAAUCAUGGCAGAACAAUUCCCUGGAGCUUUCUCUGGGUACAGUUUGCAGGUGAUGGAGUCUCAUCAAGCAAGUAAAUUGGACACUUCUGGAACUGCAAAGGCUGUUAUCUCUUGCUUUGAGAAACUAGGCGUUUCUUUUAAUAUGGAUGAGGUACAACUAAUACGAGAUCCCGUGCAACAAGUUGAGAUGGUUGGUGUCCCAGAAGAAUACUUGUUAGGCCAUGCUUUCCAUAUGUAUCAUCUGACCUCACCAGAUGGAACGGUUUCUUUUGAAUUUCAACACAAUGUUUGUGGUAGAUCAAUCUAUGCAGAAGGGACAGUUGAUGCUAUACUUUUCCUUGCUAAGAAGGUGAAGUUGAAAGAAGAGAAGCGGAUAUACGACAUGAUUGAUGUUCUGCGGGAAGGGAAUAUGCGGUAACGGCUGAGUUACAUAUGCUGGAGUAGGAUGUAUAGCAUUUUGACCUCGGAGUGGAGAGAAACAAACCGUAGGUUCAAAUUUUUUGGGCUUGACCCUUCCAGUGGUUCUUGUUGCUUUAGGAUCUGUAGUUGAAUGAUUCUUAAGAUGCAGCAAUCAAAAUAAUAUAAAAAUUUUAUUAUGACUGGUAGGUUUAGCUCCAGCUUCCAUGCAAGCAUUAUGUGCUUCUCCUGUUGUAUGCUUUUUCUUCCAUUUUUCAUUUGUACUACCAGAAGAGAGAAUCUUAUAGGAGGCUUCCGAUGUUCUUGACAAGUACACUAUUUGCUAUGUAUUGAGUUUUGGCUACUUUUCUGUUGA